GCGGACCAACUGUUUAUGUCAGUGCCCUCUGUGGGCGCCCACCACCACCGAGGCCAGCAAUGCAAGACGGACAUUGUCAGUGCCCUGAGCUCUCUCUCUAGUCAGACCCAGUUACUGGGUCAGCCACAGGUGGCCCCACAGUUCUUCUUGGCCAGCCAGCCCCCUGCUUCUGCCUCCACAGGGCAGACAGGGGGACACUCUGUGCCAGUUCAGCAAAUCCUUAUCCCAGUUUCCACAGGAAAUGGGUCCCAGCAAUUUAUAAGCAUACCCGUCUCUUUGGCCACAGGAGGCAACCAACAAAUCCAGCUGAUAACCACCAACAAUGGGGGACAGUUCCUUGCGACCAAUCUCUCAAAUUUACAGGCAUUAACUCAGCCACUUGCCAGUGGUUUGCAGUCCAGUCGUGAGUCUCAGUCUAGUCAGUCCCUGUCCAAUCACAUUGCUGCUCUGCCCCAACUCCUCACAACAGCCUCAGGGGGUCAACUGUUGGCCGUCACUCCUCAGAUGCUGGCAUCAUUACCAAUAUCCACAAGCCAAUCAUCUUCCUCUGUGGGCACAGCUCACUUGACGUCACACUCUGUGAGCCAUGCUGCAGCCGCGGCCACAGCACAACAAGUUCUCCAGCAGACGUUGUCGCAGGCUGUGGCAGCCAGUGUGUCUCAUGCCAACAGCAAGUUGUCACAACAGUCUCACAUCUCAUCCUCCACCAAUGGUCUUCCACCUAAUGUCUCACAACUCUUGCCACACACUGUUGGGAACUCAACAGAGAGCACAACAGUGGAUGGCAUCAAUCUUGACGAAAUCAAAGAGUUUGCCCGACAGUUCAAAAUUCGACGUUUAUCCCUGGGCCUCACCCAGACACAAGUUGGGCAGGCGUUGAGUGCGACUGAGGGACCAGCCUACAGCCAGUCAGCAAUAUGCAGGUUUGAAAAAUUGGACAUUACUCCUAAGAGUGCUCAGAAAAUAAAGCCUGUGUUAGAGCGGUGGAUGGCAGAGGCGGAGGAGAGGUACAAGAAUGGAGUUCAAAAUCUCACAGAUUUUAUCGGUAGUGAACCAAGUAAGAAACGAAAACGACGGACCUCCUUCACACCACAGGCCCUGGAGUUAUUGAACCAGUAUUUUGAGAGGAAUACACAUCCAACAGGUACUGAAAUGACUGAGCUAUCAGAAAGACUUAAUUACGACAGAGAAGUCAUCCGUGUUUGGUUCUGCAACAAAAGGCAAGCUCUGAAGAACACCAUCAAGAAAUUGAAGCAGGAUGGUCAAUGACAGAUAGCCUACCUGUGAGGGUGACAAGCCGGGGACAGCAAAGUGCAAUCUACAUUGAACAAAUUUGUUUCAUUUACAUCAUUGUUAUCUUCCAAAUCCCACACUGACAGUGAUAUACAUCCACUUCUGAUGAUCUUUAAACUGAAAGAGUGAUCUGUCAUUCCUAAUUUCUCCCACAUUUUUGUGAGUAUGUAUUGAGAGGAACUACUGGUUGUCGAGUGGUCUUAUUGCUAGGAUUUGCCUCAGGUUUGAAUGCAGGACUGACAGGUUGUCAAAUUAAUGGCUGUCAAAUGUACUUUUGUCUUUUCUAAUACUAUUUAACCGUACAAAAAAUUGAUAUUUUAGCUUAACCCAAUUCACCUUGCGUUGCCACAGCAGUACACUUGUGUCCACCCUGACUUGCCGCGAGCCGGCGGGAAAAACCGGUCUGAACUCCACACAUUAAACUUAGACACGCAUUGUGCCCAAACUAUUUAGGGUAUCAAUAUGAAAUUUUUCUUAGAUAUUACUUUAAAUGUUAUUUUAAUAUUAUUAGAGAGAAAGGGGAAGGAAAGAGCAGGGAAAACAACAUAUUGUUCAUUCCACUGCGACUCAUCGGCACUCGGUUUAGCUAUAGUAACUUAUAGUAAGUCUAUGGUCUAGAUCUAGCUUUUCUUCGAAGUUUUCAAGGCACUAAAAUCAAUCCGAUCGCCUUGUUUUUCUAUAUUUAGGUUUACUUUCACUUUGUUUGCCGCUUAUGCCUAAAACAAACUAAAACAUGAUUCAUGUGUUUCAACAAACACAAAAAUAGCCGUGGCACUUGUUUUUUGUGACCCUGUUUUUCUUCUCGUCCAUGAAGAUUUCAGUACUCGCUUUCUUGUCAUUAUUUGCGAUGACAAAAGAACAAAAA